UCGUACACAACAAACCACAAAUUUUGCACCGAAAUGAAUUGUUUUUAUCACACUUUUCUUGGCGUUCUUCAAUAAUUUGUAUGCAGAUCUUGCCUCAACUGUAAAAUUUACUCGUUUAUUGUGGUUUCUAGACAGUGACAUUCAAUAGUUCUCUACAACUUUCAUGAGUAUCUAUGCUCAGAACACCUUUUUUUUUAGAAGUCUAUGUAUGUAAAUGGUGGUGAAUUAUGAAUCAGAUGAAAUCAUUCGCGGGGACUUUGGUUCAGCAAAAGAGGAAGACUGUUCUGUUCUGGUCAGUUUUUUGGGCUGCAUUUGCGUUUUGAAACCGGAUCCAAAAACACUAUGAGUAGAAGUGAGGCAGUAAGCGCGACUAUCGGACGUGGCACUGGAAACCCAAAACGAGUUUUCCUAUUUAGUGGUAAAAGGAAAUGCGGCAAAGAUUACAUCACUGAUUUACUUCUUGAAAGGAUUGGAGAGGAGAAUACUGUCAUCAUUAAAAUAUCAUCCCCAAUCAAAUCUCAUUGGGCUGAAGAGAAGGGCUUGGACCUUCAUAAACUCAUGAGUGCAAACCAGUACAAGGAAAAUUUUCGUCAAGACAUGAUAAUUUGGAGUGAAUCUGUACGAGCAAAAGACCCUGGGUACUUUUGCAGAAAAGCUGUAGACAUGUACAAAGCCCAAGAAAAACCUAUAUGGGUUGUGAGCGACAUCCGACGUAAAACUGAUAUUAAAUGGUUUACCGAAGAGUAUGGUGAUGCUGUUCGAACCGUUAGAGUAGUGGCUGAUGAAAGUGUCCGACAAAGACGCGGAUAUGUCUUCACUAAAGGAGUCGAUGACAUUGCCUCAGAGUGUGAUUUGGAUGAUGUUUUAGAGUGGAAUUGGAGCAUCAUUAAUAAUGGGGAUGAAAGUGAAGUGGACAGAUGCCUGAAGCUCUUCAUUGAUGACAUUGAAAGUGUUUUGUAGUCCUUUGUGCUUGUAUAUUUGACUGGACAAAAUUUCUCAGGCAGGGUGGCCACGCAGCCAAAGUUUUCAAAAUCCCUGACUUUAAGUGGAACUUUUUGCCUCCCAAAGAAUUGAAAAUGCCACCAAAAAUAUGAAUACAACAAUUUGGGGCAAGAUUCAGUCAUUUUCCUUGACUAAUAUUUUUUUCCCCUGACUUCCAGGUUGCAUGAAUGACUCUGUCAGGCUACAAUUAUUGUAGGUGGUGGGCCAAAACUUAUCAUAUUUAAAGUUGAGUGGUAAAAGGAGUUGCAUGGUACCAUGAAACCACACUUAGUGAUACUUUCAAAGUGGUGAACAUUUAAGAGAUACACAAUUUGUACUUGUAGUAAUUUAUUUUUUCGAUGUGAGAUGAUUAAAUAACAUGUGAAAUAUUAA